CAACCCACGUUGUUGACGUUUUUACGCUCUGACCGGCGUUCGCUUUGGCCAAUAAAAUCUCAGCUUAAACUUUAGCGGCCUACAGCCGUCCAAUCCGCAUCAAGGUCCCGCCCAUCAGGCUUGAAGGCUAUGUUGUCCUGUGAGUUUCACUCAUACAGAACCCAACUUGUCCGUCUGCGACCUGUUUGUUUAUCAAGACCAGAUAUAACCUCGCAAAAAAAACCCCACCAUGAACAGUUUAAUUAGAUCCACAGCUAGGUGUAUACGGUCCGGCGCGGCCGUGUGCUUACUCAGGCCAGCCGACGGACUUGUGCGAGCGGCCUCGGCCCGGUUCUUGUGCGCGGCGGCAGACCUCCAGAAGGACCUUGGUGAGAUGGUGAAGAAGGACAAGGUGGUGGUGUUUAUAAAGGGGACCCCGGCACAGCCCAUGUGUGGCUUCAGCAACGCCGUGGUCCAGAUCCUCCGGAUGCAUGGGGUGGACCAAUACGCUUCCUACAACGUUCUGGAAGACCAGGAGCUCAGAGAAGGAGUCAAAGUGUUCUCCAACUGGCCCACCAUCCCUCAAGUCUACUUCAACGGCGAGUUCGUGGGAGGCUGCGACAUCCUGCUCCAGAUGCACCAGAACGGCGACCUGGUGGACGAGCUGAAGAAACUCGGCAUCCGCUCCGCUCUGCUGGACGCCGAGAAGGAAUCCAAGUAGGAAAAGGGACACAAAGAAAAAAAGGAGAGAGAGAGAGAGAGAGAGCGUAACAAACAUCAAAGGAAUGAGAAGACGGAAAACACGUUCAUCAGGUCCACACUUCCCCCGAUCCCUGCUACACUUCCAAUGAUUGGAGAUGAAUCAGCUGUCCAGGCAGAUUGGAUACGUCACGCAGCCGGUUUACUGCUAAUAAAAGCGAUGGCGUGUUAGGGCCGUUGGAGAUGAAAACAAGAAGUAGCGAACGUCUGAGGAAAAAAAAAAGCUAAUUCUGAGACCGAUCUCGGAAAUCUUCUAGGGAAAAAAAAAACAAAAGAAAAACUCAGAAAAUUGCAGUUUUUCUAGAAGAUGUCCGAGAUCAAUCCCCGAUUUUCUGAAAAACCUCAGAAAUUCUGAGAUUAAUCUCACAAGUUGUCUUAAAAACGAAAACCCCCUUUCAAAUUUCUGAAUUUGAAAAGUCGAUGCUCUACAACAAAAUCUGAAAUUUGCUAAUUUUUUUUUCUAGAAAAUUUCUGAAAUUAGUCUCAAAAUUUGCUCCUCUUUUUUCUAUUUACAGUGUUCUUAAUACGCCAUCGUAAACAAACGCUUUAAAGUUUUUUUUGUUUUUGUUUUUUUUUUCAUGCAUUACAAUCAGAACCUAUUGCACCAGUCCAAAAAUACAAAUCAUAUCGGCUUUAAAGUUCCUAUUUGUGUUUUUGGUUUUUACCUAAGUUUGCCAAAUCAAAAUGGUUAAUUCCUUUGGGUAAGGCUUACAGGAACAGAGUAUCGACAUCGCCACGGUUUCCUUCCAUGUUACCUUCAGAAAUCUGGACUGCCUCGUCUCCAUAUCUGGUUCUCCCUAAAUUCAGACUGAUUUCGGUUCAAAAUGAUGAUGUCGACACACUUGAAACCUCCCAGAUGCACUGCCUGUAGCUUCACUACAUAAAGAGGGAACAGGGAUUAAUAUAAAUUAUGAUAAAAAAAAAAAAAUCCAACCUCUUUGCUCUUUUUGCUGUGAUUUACAUACAAAGUCUACCAAAUGUGUCUGCUGAAAUCCGCUGGAACGCACCAAACACACUUUGCCUCUUCUUCUUCUUCUCUGACUUAUUUCCUGCCCUGCUGGACAAACUGCGGCAGUUUGAAUUUGUCACAUCCGUUUUUAUCCCCCCCCCGUCAUUUUGUUUUGGGGUUUUUUCUCUCUUUUUGUCGCCGAAGGAAGACUGUUUUUAUAUUUUGUUUUGGAGCGUCCUCCAACAGUUGUAUUAUGAAAUAAACGUGUAGUACGCUGUAAGAUAUUGUACAUUUAAAGCCUGUUGUUAAAUGUAUUUUAGGAACAUGUCAACCCUGCAACAAUUAAAUAUUUUCAGACGCA